AUGAAGGCCAAGCUAGUCAGUAAGCCAAGUAGUUGCGCAGCAUUGGAUCCAGUCACAAGACCGCCUCCACCACCGGGCUCAAAGAUGGACUGUCAGAAGGACGAUGAACAAGCUGAAGCGAGUUCGGUCAAGGUGAGACCGGGAGGUGCAAAGGUCUUCUCCGAAAUUCGCAGUGCAAUUCGGGCCAUCAGACGAACACCAUAUAACUGCUCAGAUGGCUCUGCUGCAUUUGAGUGGAAGCAGAGACGUUCGUCAUCGGCGAACGUGGACAAACGUCAACUCGGCCACGAAUUGAACAACAUUCCGACUCCGAUCCUGCAACGCAAGCCCAAAGGCAUGUCACCAAAGGCAAUAGCCAAAAGGCUUGGGUUCGACAAUAUUGGAGUGUCCUCAAACGCUACAGUAGUCCUUCGAGGCUCGCCGCUUCGGCGGCGCACGUCACUUCAAGCCCUACCCAGCUCUCCAAGCUUGCAGCUUGGUGAUGCUGUUAGCUCAAUAUCCUCCCUGUAUACGGAUAAAUCGUCAAACGUUGGCAAUAACUCGACUCGGAAAACUUCUGUAGAUUCUCGCUUUUCCGACUAUACGACGACCAAGUCCAGCUUGAAGAGGCGUCACAGUCGCAGACACCCGUGGUCCAAGUCAAGUCCCGACGGCGGAACUUUGCAAACCAUAGAUGAAGGGCUCCAUCAACCCCAACCCACCAUUCUGACCGUCGAGAAGGCAUCGGCAGCAAAAGUGUACUUGGAGACUCACUUUAACAAUCUUCUUCAUAAGCCAAGUGCCAGAACUACUCGCUUGCAAUACUUGGAGUCACAGCUUUACUACAGUCCCCACCUGGACUUGCAAGAAAAGGACAUCAUCAGACAGUCGUUUUAUUAUCAAGAGAUGUGCCAUUCGAGGGAAGUACGAGUCACCAAGACAAAGUCCUUGACCUCCCUCAAACAGGGAACUUGGUCGCAAGCGGAUGGCUAUGAUUGCCUAAAGAUUCUUGGCCGCGGGAGCUUUGGGGUGGUCAAGUUGGUCCGAGAGAAGGCUGAUGAAGCACAUGCAUUUCCACGACAGGUUUUCGCCAUGAAGGUGAUACGUAAAUCAGAAAUGAUUCGUAGCUGCCAGGAAGGUCAUUUGCGAGCCGAAAGAGACUUUCUCGUGGCAUCCGAGGGCUCGAACUGGAUUGUGCCGCUGGUGGCAAGUUUUCAAGACCUGAACAGCCUGUACUUGGUCAUGGAGUAUAUGCCGGGCGGUGAUUUCCUCGGCCUCUUGAUUCGGGAAAACAUCCUGCACGAGUCCGUAGCCAGGUUUUACAUUGCUGAAAUGAUUCUGGCCGUUGAAGAGGCCCACCGGCUCAAGUUUAUUCAUCGAGACAUCAAGCCGGAUAACUUCUUGAUAUCAGCUUCCGGACACUUGAAAAUAUCGGAUUUCGGGCUCGCUUUUGACGGACACUGGUCCCAUGAUGUUUCUUAUUACAGCUGCCAGCGUUACUCGCUGCUUGGAACAUUGGGGAUCCAGAUAAACGGGGAUGCAGACGACCGAAAGAAGCAGACGAAUAUCAGCUCACAGAUUCCUUGGUUGCAAGCAAUGAGGUGUAUCCUGGACCGUCACGAGAGAAAAGGGGUAGAGAAUGACGACGAUUUGCCUAGCCUAUUGGGCUAG